CCGGGUUCGAUUGUCCCUCGAGCUUAGUAUUUUUCAUCGAAGGGAUAGCGACCGCUUUUUCAACUAAGACGAUACCGAGAUGUACAUGAACGAUAGCAACGUAAUCAGUCCGAUGCAAGCCUUUGUUGGAGGUAUAGGAGACGGAAGUGAACAUCAUAUGCAAGAAAGACUACUGGGGUGGAACAUUCCUCCAGAAUAUUCCGAUCUAGUCCAUCCUUAUUGGCGGGGAUUUUUAGCACCCGGACGGUAUUGGCACAUUGGCUUCGCAUUGAUUUAUUUUAUGUUAAUGGUCAUGUCAUUUGUUGGUAAUGGCUGCGUUGUUUGGAUUUUUACUACAUCUAAAUCAUUACGUACUGCGUCAAAUAUGUUUGUUGUAAAUCUAGCGCUAUUUGAUAUCCUAAUGGCAUUUGAGAUGCCAUUAUUGAUAGUAAAUAGUUUUCUAGAACGUCCCGUUGGCUGGCAACUCGGUUGUGACAUUUAUUCAGCCCUUGGCAGUGUUUCUGGAAUCGGCUCGGCAAUAAACAAUGCCGCUAUUGCUUUCGAUCGAUAUAAGACAAUUUCCUGCCCAAUCGAUGGACGACUUAACAGCAAACAAGCAGGAGUUAUCAUAGCCUUGACGUGGUUCUGGACUAUGCCAUUUACCAUUUUGCCCUGGAUGCGUGUCUGGGGACGAUACGUGCCAGAAGGCUUCCUGACAACUUGUACGUUUGAUUACUUGUCUGAAGAUCAAGAUACCAAAGUUUUUGUUGGAUGCAUAUUUAUAUGGUCUUACUGUAUACCGAUGACACUAAUCAUAACUUUUUACUCGCAUCUCAUAAACUCUGUUCGUAAACACGAAAAAAUGUUGCGUGAACAAGCGAAGAAAAUGAAUGUAAAGUCCUUGCAAUCUAACUCAGGUGACAAAGAACGAAGUGUUGAGAUGAGAAUAGCUAAAGUUGCCUUUACCAUCUUCUUUUUAUUUGUCUGCUCAUGGACACCUUACGCUGUCGUCACAAUGACUGUUGCCUUUGGAAAUCGGGACGCAUUGACCCCCUUCUCAACGAUGCUGCCGGCUCUCUUCGCGAAAACAGUAUCCUGCAUUGAUCCUUGGGUUUACGCAAUCAACCACCCGAGAUACCGACUGGAGUUACAAAAACGUUGCAAGUGGAUGGGAAUCCACGAGCCGAUGCCAGUGUCAGACAGUGUGUCAGCGACUACGGAAAAGGUCAGCGACGAUGCAUAAGUGACCGGCAAAAGACAAAAGCUUAAAUAAAAUAAAACUGAAGAGA